AUGUUGGGGGAGAAAAUCAACGAGGAGGAAGUGGCAAAGAUGGCCGAUUUUGUUCCGACAACUUAUCGGCUUUUUCUCGAUAAACUAGCGAAACUAAGACCAUCAGAAUUUUCCUUUCAAAAAGACCAAGCGAAUGACGAUGGUGAAAAAGUAUGUUCAGAGCGUAUCUUAUUUCGUCCUCCAACAAGGGGUCUUACUGCUGAUCAAAUUACGGUCAAAUGGCUCAGACCUCCGAAUCCUCCGAUUUCUUCGACGAAAAAUCUUCCCGAAAACGAGCCCAAGCCAGUUGUAGUUCUUCAGAAAAAUGAAAAGCCUUCUUCAUUUUUUCCUACAAUCGAGUCCCGCCUCCCAAAGUUUGAAAAAGCUGACCAAAAAAUUCACGACCAGCAAGUGGGAUUAGCGAAAGUGGAUGAUUAUAACUCGAAUAAGCGGAAGGAACCGAGCAACGGAACAAAGAAAGUGGAGAGCCUUAAGAAAACAAGAAACACUCUCGAGCUUCAUCGAAUUGAGCGAUUUGACAGUAGCUUCGACAGUCACUAUGGAGAAAAUGUGCCGAGAUGGAUUUCCUCUGUCACGAUUCGGAAACGUACCAAAACAAAUUCGUAA